AAACCAUCGCAAAGGCAUUUCGUCGAGCACACGGAGAGCGGUUGGGGCGGAUAUGGAAGGAAUGCUUCAACGGAAAAGUGGAGAACAAGAAGCCGGGGAGCCGGGCUGUGAAGCAACGAACAAUUUUCUACUGAAAAGCGUGUUGCAUUAAAAGUCCUGUAAAGCUUCUCUUGAAGGCUGGCGCAGAGCACAACCAGCAGCAAAAGGCAAGGAACCAGCAGCUUUGGAUGUUUCCAGGUGGAGAAAACCAGAUACAGAUAGAAUUAAAAUAAACACAGAUGCUGCUAUAAACCGCGGUGCAGGAAUGGUUGGCCUGGGUUGGGUUGCUCGAGACAGUACAGGAGCUUUUCUAGCCGGGGCUGCUAUUCCUCGAAAAGGUGUGUGCUUACCGAAAGAGGCGGAGGCUCUCUCUAUGAGAGAGGCGCUAAGCUGGAUUAAGGCAGCGGGUUGGGACCAAGUUGACGUGGAAUCUGACGCCUUACAUUUGGUUGAAGGAGUUCACUCGGCUUCAACUGAGUCUUCUUUUGGAUUAUUGGUAAACGACAUCAAGGAGGUAGCGACUAGUUUUUCUAGUAUUACUUUCUCCCACGUGAAGCGGUCAGCGAAUCGGGUGGCCCAUCAUAU